AUGGCUCAAUUGUUCAAUAAUUCACGUUCAGAUACUCUUUUCCUGGGUGGUGAAAAAAUCAGUGGUGAUGAUAUUCGUAAUCAAAACGUUUUAGCUGCUAUGGCGGUGGCCAACGUUGUCAAAUCAUCACUUGGUCCAGUUGGUUUGGAUAAAAUGUUGGUGGACGAUAUUGGUGAUUUUACUGUCACAAAUGAUGGUGCCACCAUUUUAUCAUUGUUGGAUGUCCAGCAUCCAGCUGGGAAAAUUCUAGUUGAGUUAGCACAACAACAAGAUCGUGAAAUUGGUGAUGGGACCACUAGUGUUGUAAUUAUCGCAUCGGAACUAUUGAAGAAAGCUAACGAAUUAGUAAAAAAUAAGAUUCAUCCAACUACUAUCAUCACUGGUUACAGACUUGCGUUGAAAGAGGCGAUUCGUUUCAUCAACGAAGUUUUAUCAUUAAGUGUCGAAUCUUUAGGCAAAGAAACUUUAGUCAACAUAGCGAAGACAAGUAUGUCAUCGAAAAUUAUUGGUGCUGAUUCUGAAUUUUUUAGUAAUAUGGUUGUUGAUGCAUUAUUAGCUGUUAAGACUCAAAAUUCAAAAGGUGAGGUGAAAUAUCCUGUUAAAGCUGUGAAUAUCUUGAAAGCCCAUGGUAAGUCAGCUAAAGAUUCCAUGUUAGUACAAGGUUAUGCUUUGAACUGUACUGUGGCAUCUCAAGCCAUGCCUAAGCAUAUCUCAGGUGGUAAUGUUAAAAUUGCCUGUUUAGAUUUAAAUUUACAGAAAGCUCGUAUGGCCAUGGGUGUGCAAAUUAAUAUUGACGACCCAGAACAAUUAGAACAAAUUCGUAAGCGUGAAGCAGGCAUUGUAUUAGAAAGAGUCAAGAAGAUAAUUGAAUCAGGUGCACAGGUGGUUUUAACAACAAAGGGUAUUGAUGAUUUAUGUCUUAAAGAGUUUGCAGAGGCUAAGAUAAUGGCUGUCAGACGUUGUAAAAAGGAAGAUUUAAGAAGAAUCGCACGCGCUACUGGUGCUACAUUGGUCAGCUCCAUGUCUAACUUGGAAGGUGAUGAAACUUUUGAAUCUAGUUAUUUAGGAACAUGUCAAGAAGUUGUUCAAGCCAAAUUUUCUGAUGAUGAAUGUAUUUUAAUUAAAGGAACCGCAAAACAUUCUUCAUCAUCAGUGAUCUUACGUGGUCCAAACGAUUAUUCAUUAGAUGAAAUGGAACGUUCAUUACACGAUUCGUUAUGCGUUGUAAAGAGAACUUUAGAAAGCGGUCAUGUCGUUCCAGGUGGUGGUUGUGUGGAAGCUGCGUUGAAUAUAUAUUUAGACAAUUUUGCGACAACGGUUGGUUCACGUGAGCAAUUGGCAAUUGCAGAAUUUGCAUCUGCAUUACUGGUAAUUCCAAAGACAUUAGCUGUGAAUGCAGCAAAGGAUUCUAGUGAAUUGAUUGCAAAAUUGAGAUCUUACCAUGCGGCAAGUCAAUUAGCCAAACCGGAGGAUUCCAAAAAGAGGAAAUACAAGAAUUAUGGUUUAGAUUUGAUUAAGGGUAAGAUUGUUGAUGAAGUUCAUGCUGGUGUCUUGGAGCCAACUGUAAGUAAGAUCAAAUCAUUGAAGUCUGCAUUGGAAGCAUGCGUUGCGAUUCUUAGAAUUGAUACUAUGAUCAAUGUUGAUCCAGAACCUCCAAAGGAAGAUCCACAUGACCACUAA